UCGACUUGCUAUCACCAAUUGUAUGACACGUAUGACAACUCGUUCGGUCACAAAUAUCAGCCGAUACACAUUGUAGAGGCCGCAAAUCCCGCAGUACCUAGCAUGAAAGGCAACCUGAUCGUCUGCAGGCAAUGUUACAAUAUCAUCACCAGAUUCGUAGCCACCCAUAACUCGGAAAGCCACCCUGCUGACAAUCUCGUCUACGAACCCAUCCGCGAUCCGCUGCGUCCACCCAACAAUGAGGGACAGGUGAAUUAUGGUCCCACACUCGUCAGCUCUUCGCCCGAUUGACAACAUCGGAGCAGCAAGAAGUCUGGCGACGCCAUGUCAACCUGUUUCGACAUGCGCCUUUGCCCUUUGGGUCGAUAUGGUGCCCGCAAGCCACAUAUCAGCGCUCUGUGCCUGAUGGUGAGACCGUCGAAGUUCGAGAAAGGGCCCGCAUUUACGUCUCUACUGCGCUUGACAAGGAUGCUACCGACCAAUUUCAGCGACUUGUACAUGACUACAGUCGUAAGCAGUUUCCAAUCUGUGGCUACUGCCUCGGGUCCGCCGUUGACAAAGCUGGGCUAUAGCUUGCAGGGAGCGUCAGAGUACGCCUACAAAGUCUUCUGCGACCUCAUGGCGAGUAACGCGGGCACAGAUCAUACUGCAACGUACAAGGUCGAACCGAUCGUGAUGCUCAAACUCGAAGAGCGACGCUACCAGCCUCUCGGGCGCAGCAUCGAGAACCAGUUUCAUAAACUGGCAAUGUGGAUCGCAGACACCGUCGAGAGAGCUGCCGGACCCGUCUCUUGUCUGCGCGACGAUUGUACGGAAGAAGCGACCGCUGGAUGCCGGGCAGCUCUAUGCAGCGAGCAUUGAACUCGACGCGACCGUCAGGCUCUGGGCUAUAGAGUCGAUAGCGUCUGCCCAGCUUACUCAGAUAGCGCGCACUGAUCAUCUCCCAAGUCGUUCUCAGUGUAGAGCAUGCGUUCAGUCAGAGGCCAUC